UGUUUAUUAAAUUUUCUUGUUUUUUUAUUAUAAAAUAAAUAGAAUUUAAGCAUGAACAGGAAACGAAAUGUAAGCUAUAUAAAACCGGAGGACCCAGAAUUUUUGAAGGUGCUAAAACGACAAGCUGGCUACGAUGAUAAAAAUCAUAAAUUUGACAAACUUGAAAUUGCUGAAGAUGAUUUUGUGGACAACGAAAGCGAACAGCCUCAAGUUGUAGUUUUGAAAGAAGGUGAUCUUACAGCUGAAGAAGCCGAGAUUGAACAAACGAAAAUAGACAAAAUUGAAUCACAAACAAAAGCAGAUUUAAAUGAAAGGGUAAUCUUUAAAAGUAAAAGUAAACAAACCUCAAACUCCACCAAACAGUCUAAACCUGAUAAAAACAUAGCAAAGGUAUCAAAAAAGAAAUCAAAUAAAAAACAAUUGUUAUCUUUUAUAGACUGUGAUGAUGUUUCUGAUAAAGAAUAGCUUAAUUUUUGUAAACUAUUCAUUAG